UAAAGGUACUUUUCAUUGUAGUUCUGACGUCUGACUUAUGUCAGUCUGUUAGUAAUUUAUUUAUUUACUUGAUUCUAAAACAAUAAUUUAAGAAGAAAAAAUGAUGAACAUUCACAAAAUAGGCAUGAAAUUAUGUAGACUAUGUGGAAAAGAAAAAGCCCGUGGAACAGAUGUUUUUGAAGAUAAAAUAAAAGGAGCUGUUUUAGUUUCAAUUAUCAAUAAAUAUUUUUCUAAAGAUGUAAUAAAUGUUUCGAUUUCUGAUACAUUUUCCAAGUAUGUCUGCAUGGAUUGCGAGCAAAAAAUAUGCAGCUUUGAUGAGUUUUGUCUGAUGGUAGCCAAUGUACAAAAACAGCUCUCUGCUCCGUCCUUAGAAAUUGAUUUUGCAGAGGAUAUGCUUUGCCAUUUAAAAGAAAAUGAAAUAGUAAUGGAGAAGCCUGUACCUGUAUCAAGAGUGAGAAAAAAGCACAUGUGUGAGCAGUGUGCUAAAAGUUUUAGGUGUCAGUCGCACUUGGAGCGACACAAAAGGAUCCAUACUGGGCAACGACCGUUUAUUUGUAAUAUAUGUUCAAUGUCAUUCAACCAACAAGAAGUCCUCCGAAAACACCAAGAAAGCCAUCAAGGAAAGAAAGAAUUUCGUUGCGAGACUUGUCAGCAGUCGUUUCGCUACAAAAUAUCUCUAAAGUCUCACAUGCUAAAUUUUCAUUUGGAGCCUGAUCAGAGUUCGGCGAAUCCUUUUGGAAGCAAUCUGUUGACUUGCACCGAGUGUGGCAAGACCUUCGCCACGAGAUACAAGCUUCAGAGACACGCGAGGUGUCACACUGGAGAGCGUCCUUACAGCUGCAACUUUUGCAAUCGCGCUUUCUCGCAAACUGGCAAUUUGAAAUUACACUUGAGCAAGUGCUCUCGCAGCAGCAUGAUUCCUGAAGGAAUCGACGUGUCGGGAGUUGAUUACGAGUGUCGAGAAAAUGAACCAGAGUUGACUAGUCAAAGACUGGAACCCUUCCCUCCUGUUUACAUCACAGAAAGCGAAAUCCAAAAGACAAUUAAUGAAACUAUCAACUCGACGGAUCCUAAUUCGUCGUCAUAUUUAAUUAAGAGCUAUGACAAUCAAAUUUAUAUAGAUGAUGAAAUUGAAACGAUUCUUGAUCAAGAUUUGGGACAUCUUAAUGCUGAUAAAUAUCCUAACACAUCAGACAAAAUGUCUCUUUGUUUAAAACAGCCAGAGACUCCAGAAUUGUUACAUAGUUUACUGUAUGAUGUUUAGAAAUAAAUUACAAUAAUUAUUAA